AUGGCGGCACCCUCCCAUGUCCUCCCUUCCUCUCCCCGCCAGCGGGUGCGCCGCCCGCGCCAGCUCCCGCUCCCCACUCUUGCCGCCGCGCUGGCCUCCUGCGCUGCUCGGCCGCGGCCGGCCAGGCGGGCUUCUUCACCCGCCUCGGCCGCCUCAUCAUCGAGAAGGCCAAAGAGCGACGUCGAGAAGCUCUUCUCCGGCUUCUCCAAGACCCGCGAGAACCUCUCCGUCGUCGACGAGCUCCUCACCUACUGGAACCUCGCCGACACCGACCGUGUCCUCGACGACCUCGAGGAGGCGCUGCUGGUCUCGGACUUCGGGCCCAAAAUCUCGUUCCGGAUCGUCGACACGCUCCGCGAGGAGAUCCGCGACGGCAAGCUGAAGUCGGGGGCCGAGAUAAAGGCGGCUCUGAAAAAGUGCAUCCUGGAACUGCUGACGAGCAAGGGCGGCAACUCAGAGCUCAAUCUCGGCUUCAGGUUCUGCUCCCUCCUGCCUGCGAGAAUCUUUUUGUUGAUUGAGGACGUUUUCCUUGAAUUCAACAAUAUGAUGUUAUCAACUGGGAAGCUUGCUUACAGGUUUAAGAAUGAAGGAGUGAAGGUAUUGAUGGCAGCAGUGAUACCUUCAGAGCAGCAGCUCAAUGACCAGCUAGAAGUCUGGGCUGAGAGAACUGGUUCAGAGAUUGUCAUUGACAAUGAUAAGAAGGCACAGCCUCCAGCAGUCACGACCACAUGCAUCUUUUCAGGACUUCAUACAAAUUAUGGUUUGAUGGAAGAGCUGGUUUUCUUGCAAAAAGUCCUAGCUAAAGCGCUUCCUGGUGCUCCUAAUGUUAGCGUUGUGGAUGAGCUUGGAAUCCCGGUGAAGUUUAUUGGGGUUGGUGAAGGAUGGAAGACCUACAACCUUUUGAGCGCCGAGGCAUUUGUUGAAGCCAUUUUCCCAUGA